AUGACUGACACUCCAUUACCGGAUGUGGCGCCAAAGCCGGAUCGCUAUAUCGGCAUGCGUCACAUAAUAGCCACGCUGUUGUUUUUGGCCACAACAGUGUCAUACGGGACCAGGGUCAGCAUGAGCGUCACCAUCGUUGCCAUGACCUCAAGUAAUUCCACGAGCACCAAUAACUUUCCGGUGUUCGAUUGGAAUCGCAGUACCCAAGAUAUGAUAUUGUCGUCCUUCUUCUGGGGCUACAUCGUGCUGCAAGUCCCGGCGGGCAUGAUCGCCGGUCGUUUUGGUGCUAAAUAUUUACUAUUCUUCUCAAUGGCCAGCACCGGGAUUAUUAACUUAUUACUGCCCUUAGCUGCUACAGCCCAAGGCAGCAUGGCAGUCGUAGCGUGUCGCGUUGGAAUGGGCCUGACGCAAGGUCUGCUGUAUCCAAGUCUACACGGUGCAUUAGGCCAAUGGGUACCUGAAGAAGAACGCAGCCGAUUAGGGACUUUCGUGUACUCAGGUGCACAAUUCGGAACAAUUGUGGAACUACUGUUAUCAGGAGUCUUAUCAGACAGUGCGUGGGGUUGGCCGUCCGUGUUUUACGUAGCUGGAAUAGCCUGCCUAGGGUGGUCGAUACUGUGGCUCCUCAUAGGCGAUUCCACGCCGGGUACUAGUAGAUGGAUUACGAAGGAAGAAAGGAAGUAUAUUGAAACUAAUGCUGGAUCCAGUGAAUUAGGACAUGGGAGUAUGCCAACACCGUGGCUAAGUAUUCUGACGUCACUUCCAUUCUGGGCGAUCCUCCUUGCGCAUUGCGGUCAAAACUUAGGUUUCUGGACCCUGCUGUCUGAAAUGCCAUCUUACAUGAACCAUGUCCUCAACGUCAAUAUUAAAGAGAAUGGAAACUUAUCAUCUUUGCCGUACAUUGCAAUGCUUAUUCUAAGUUUUAUCUUCAGUUGGAUAGCAGACUUCCUCGUGAACAGAAGAAUAAUUAGUCUUGUCACAUCAAGGAGAAUAUUCAAUUCUAUAGCUCUAUGGGGUCCGGCAGUAGCUCUGAUCGGUCUUUCAUACCUACCUCCAGGCCACCUGACUCUAGCAGUAGUUUUACUGACGGUCACUGUAGGUCUCAACGGUGCACACUACUCAGGAUUUAUGAUGUCUCAUAUUGACCUGUCUCCGAACUACGCCAGUACGAUGAUGGGUCUCACCAACGGUGCAGGAGCCAUCUUCUCUCUCCUGGCACCUUUCACCGUUUCCAUUUUUGUCAGUGAUGAGACGCAAGCAUCCGAGUGGCGGAAAGUAUUCUUCAUAUCAGCUUCGUUUUAUUUCUUGACAAACCUCUUCUACGUUCUGUUCAUAACAGCUGAUAUACAAUCGUGGAAUGAACCAAAACACUCUGAACCUAUCGAAGACGGUGUCAAGAAAGAGAAGAGUGUAAAAGAACCCAAAAGAAAAAAGAUAAAUGUGACUACGUCGGUGAAUGGUGAAGCGAAGUUUUAA